GCCCGGGAAGGGAAAAAUUGGAGACAACCGACUAACAACUAUCUUUGAAGCUUUCAGCCACCAAACCCCAAAAAGCACACGACAAAUCCAAAGCCAUAGACAUAGACAACUUCCAUUCAUUCGAUGUCAACAAAAACAAUACAGAAGCUUCCAACAGAUUCAGUUUCAAUAACCCCAUCUCUUCAAAUCCGCCAAAAGCUUCAUGGCUAUGAUGAUUCAGCAGCCAUGGCAGCUGCUGCUUCUCAAUCUCAACUUGUUCUUUGUUUUUUGCUUUAAUGGUAUUUUUGUCCUUCCUCUCUGUCAUGGCCAAAAUAUUGAAACUUUCUAUCCAUUUACAGCUCUAGCUCCAGCUCUAGCUCCAGCUCCAGCUCCAACACCACAGAUUGCUCCAAUCUCUCCUUCAUUGCCCCCGCCAACACAAGCAAAACCGCAGCCACAGCCAGUGCUGCCAGCUGCGCCACAAAAGUCUUCAUCCAAUGAGAGUUUGAUUGCAAAGGCAGUGGGCGCAACUGCAGCUUGCACUCUGGUGGUUUCUGGGUUGCUUUUCUUUUUAGUCCAACGGUUCGUGGUUGCAAAGCGGAGAAGAAAGAUUAAUGGUGGUGGCAGUGGUAAUAGUAGCACAGGUUCCCAAGGAGGCCGGCCUCAGCCUCCUGUGGUGGAUCGCAAUGAGUUUGCAAGAUAUGAUGGAAAUCUUAAGGGGUUCAUUGUUGAUGAGAAUGGCCUGGAUGUGCUUUACUGGAGAAAGCUUGAAGAGAGAAACUCAAAGAAGAGUUUCAAUAAGGAGGUUUUGUGCAAUCCCAAGAAUGGAGAAGAAAUUAAUGGUGAUGAUGAUGAUGAUGAUGAUGAUGCUGAAGGGAUUAGAAGGAGAAAGCAUGAGCCUAUACAAGAAGUUCCUCUGCUCAGAGGAAAGUCUUCAUCAUCCCACAUCAAUGAUGUAUCAGAAGUAAGUGAUCCGAAUCGAAUUAGAUCAAUGGCUCUCAAGGCUGUUGAGAAAUCAGAGUCAGAAGUUGAGCUAACUAUUCGAUCAUCAAGUCCUCCGCCUCCCCCUUCUCCACCACCAACACCGCCGCCACCACCUCUGCUGCCUCCUUUGCCAAUUUCAAAUAAGAAAAGCCCCGCGGCACCUCCACCUCCUCCACCACCAUCAACAAUUGCAGCUAUGAAUAGUUCUGCACCGCCACCCCCUCCACCACCAAAGCCUAAAGCACGUAGUUUGAACGCCCUGUCAAAACCGUCUACGGGGCCAAAAGGGAUGGAGGGUGAUAGUAAACCAGCAGAGUCUUCAUCAGGAGCAGGAAAUGGUCAGGUAAAACUGAAGCCACUGCAUUGGGACAAAGUGAAUACUAAUAAUACUCAGCAUUCCAUGGUCUGGGACAAGAUUGAUGGUUCAUUUAGAUUUGAUGGUGACCUUAUGGAAGCUCUUUUUGGAUAUGUUGCCACCAACCGGUUAUCCCCCAAAAGAGACAGCAACCAAGUGAACCCAAGAGGCACCAACGUUGGUCCAUCACCACAGAUCUGUAUCCUAGAUGCCAGGAAGUCCCAGAACAUUGCAAUUGUUAUAAAGUCAUUGACCAUUUCUCGCAAGGAAAUCCUUGAUGUGCUCAUGGAGGGUAGAGGUCUAAAUGCAGAGACUCUUGAAAAGCUUGCUAGAAUUGCCCCAACUGAAGAAGAACAAUCGCAAAUCCUUGAGUACAAUGGAGAUCCCACAAGGCUUGCCGAUGCCGAAUGCUUCCUUUACCACAUUCUGAAAGCUGUCCCAACCGCUUUUACUCGACUUAAUGCCAUGCUCUUCAGAUACAACUACGACUUGGAGAUUCUGAACCUUAAGGGGUCUUUACGAACACUUGAACUAGGAUGCAAGGAACUUCGAACGCGAGGACUGUUUAUGAAACUGCUAGAGGCAAUUCUCAAGGCUGGAAAUCGCAUGAAUGCAGGAACUUCAAGAGGAAAUGCACAAGCUUUCAACCUCAGUUCUCUUCGAAAGCUAUCCGAUGUUAGGAGCAGUGAUGGGAAAACUACUCUUCUUCAUUUUGUUGUGGAAGAAGUAAUUCGGUCUGAGGGGAAACGGUGUGUUAUCAACACAAAUCAUAGCUUGAGUCGGAGCAGCAGCCAGAGCCAUAACAGAAACUUAAGCUCUGAGAAUCUAAAACCGAAAGAGGACAGAGAGAAAGAGUAUAUGAUGUUAGGAUUGCCUAUGGUUGGAGGCAUCAGUGCUGAGUUCUCUAAUGUGAAGAAGGCAGCUGCUAUAGAUUAUGACAGCUUUGCAGGGACAUUCUCAGCUCUCACAACCCGUGUGGCAGAAAUUAGAGAACUUGUAAUCCAAUGUGAGAACAAUGGUGGUGGAAGAUUUGUAAGAGAAAUGAAGGCUUUUCUUGAAGCAGCCGAAGAAGAGCUAACGGUGGUGAGAGAACAGCAGAAAAGUGUGAUGGAGUUAGUAAAGAAAACAACAGAAUAUUAUCAAGCAGGGGCUUCUAAGGAUAAAGGGGCACACUCAUUUCAACUAUUUGUCAUAGUUAAAGAUUUUCUAGGCAUGGUGGAUCAAGCAUGUGUUGAAAUUUCUCGAAAUAUACAGAAGAGGAAGACGGUGACAACAAGUUUAGGAACAUCAUCAGCAAACUCACCACCAAGGAACCCCGUAAGGUUCCCAAUCUUACCUAAAAAUUUCAUGUCAGGAAAUUCUAGGAGCACUAACAGUGACUCAGAUAAUGAUUUCUGAAUUGGAUUUUAAAAUGUAUAUAGAUUUC